AAAAAAUGUAAAGAGAAAAACUAGGUGAUUUUUUAACGCUGGGCAGUUCGGAAACUGAAGGGUGGAGUUUAUGAAUGGAGUCGCCUAACAACAAAAACACAAAAUUUUACUAACAGUUUAGGGUUCCAAAAUCAGAAGAUCAGAUCACAUUUCAAAAUCGAAGUCUACGCUCCAUUUGAUUUUCGAUCUCCCAAUACACAGACGCAAAGGAGAGAGAGGAACCGGAAAUGGUGAGGGAGGUAUCGGAAAGCUGUGUGGAGAGUUUGCUGGCGGAGAUAGUGUUGUCGUAUUGCUCAGGCUUCUACGCCAACAAGCCCGAACUUGCAGCGCGGAGGAUCGAAGCCAUCGGCUUUCAGGUCGGUCACCAGUUAAGUGAAAGGUACACAAUGGAUCGACCAAGGUUCACCGAUAACCUGGAGGCCAUCAAGUUUAUCUGCAAGGACUUUUGGUCUGAACUCUUCAAGAAACAGAUAGAUAACUUAAAGACAAAUCAUAGAGGUACUUUUGUAUUGCAAGAUAAUCGAUUUAGAUGGUUAGCACAUAUGUCUAUUGACCCAUCAGUUCAAGCAUCUGGCAAUAUUCAAGAUCCUUCAGCAAUGGCGGAAAACAAAUCAGCUCAGGCUACUGGAAUGCACCUAUACUUCCCUUGUGGAAUUAUAAGAGGAGCACUGUCAAACUUGGGAAUAGCAUGUGCAGUUUCUGCAGAUAUAUCCAACCUCCCAGCAUGUGAGCUUAUUACCUUAAAAUUACAUUCAAUAAUUGGAGCUAUAUAUAGAGGGGAUACGUUAGUAACUACAUGAAUGUUCGUGCGUAAAUGAUGAAGCAUGCACUUCUUUACCUCUACUUAUCAAUAAAUUUUGCACUAUAUUGCAAAAGAUUCCUGAAGGUUAUUUGUUUCACUCUUCCUUAAAACGAUGCACAUUGUCAAGCCCUUACACAGUGAUGCACUGUCAAGUCUUCGUCUAGCCUCUACAAUCCUGCUGUUGUUGCUUUGGUCUAGGCAAAUAUCUUUUCCUCUAUAUCUGUACAGAAUGCUGACUGCGCUUGGCUUCUUGUUCAAUAAAAGUAUGAUCUACUAUUAUUUUCUAAACGAAUGACUAAACAUUUUGAAUGUCAUACUGUCCGAGAUAGAUCUAGGGGUCCUAAGUUUACCUCUGAUUUAUUUUUCCUCCAUGAUUCUAGAUCAAUAGUUAAUUGAGUAUGUUAUUUGCAGAUUUCAUUUGUCUCUCAUGUACAAAGUUUGGACUUCAUGAGCUUUAGUUUUUAGAUUUUUUUUUUAGGUGGUCUAUCCUCCUCUAGCGAGUCUUUUAUCUGAAGUGCACUCCAUUUUCCCCUUUGUGGUCUUUUCCUUCUUUCCUUUUGUGCAGUUCCUUCGAAGAAUCACACUUUAACUGGUUAUAACUAAGACAGUUAGGUCCCUGGUCUCCCGGACUACCGUUUCACAAUGCCUUUAUAUGUUGCAUUUUUGUUUUUGGGGAAGUUUUACUGUAUUCCGUUUCCGUCUUACAAACCUGUAAAUGAGAGCUUUUGUUUCCGAGGCCAAACCUAGUCAUACCUGACAUUUCUAUCAUUUUCUAAAAAUGUAUGUUUUCUCUUCAUGCAGGUUCUUUCGUUAUCCGAAUAAAAGCCUGAUAUGAUAGUCCAUAACGGGGCUGGAGAUGCUGGUUGAUGCUUGUGUUCGAACUUUUUUUCUUUCUUGCAAUCGGACAUCAUAAUCUGUAGUAUAGCACCUACCCUAUUUUUGUGUUAAUUAAGCAAUGACUAAAACGUGAUUGUUAUUAGAAAACUGGUUAUUUUGAUCUGCGGUGCCUUUCUUUACUAAACUUCGGUUUUGUAAAGUUUACUUUAAAUUUUUGGAAAGAUACAUAAUGAUCUUCGAAAA